GGAAGAGAGAGAGAGAGAGAGUUUUUCUUGUUUGUUCGAUACGAUAAAUGAGAAAAUUGAGGGGGAUAAUAGUAGUGGGUUCAAAUGGUCAACCUUUGUAUAGAGAGAAAGAGAGAGAAAAUUUUCCUUCAUAAUUUCCAUGCCCCCGAGAUUCGUUUCUUUACUCAAUUCAUUCCUUUAAUUAACAAUUAUAGCUACACACCCACCCACCCAAAAUAAAAAGUCCAACUCGUUCUCUUCCCCUUCUUAAGGAUCCUUUGCUCCCCCAUAUCUCUCAAACCAACUCUUCAUUCAUUUUUCUCUCUUCUUCUUCUUUUCCUUCUUCAGCUCAUGGGUUGUCAUGAUGAUGGAUGCAACACUGGCCUUGUUCUAGGGUUAGGCUUCUCUGCAACCACCGCCCUAGAAAAGCCUGGCAAUAACAAUAAUCAAAAGCCUAAGAUGGUGAAUAAGCCAUGUUUUGAGCCUUCGCUUAGCUUGAGUCUUUCUGGUGAGAUUUACCGGAGUUCCAGCAGGAAGAUUAUUGAUGCCAAGAAAGGUUGUAAGGACUAUGUUGGUGCUGAUUUGUUUCGCCAAGCUUCUCCUCAUAGUGCUGUUUCUUCUUUCUCUAGUGGUAGGGUUAAGAGAGAAAGAGACCUUAGCAGUGAAGAGAUAGAGGCAGAAAGAGUUUCCUCAAGAGUAAGCGAUGAAGAUGAAGAUGCUACUAAUACAAGGAAGAAACUUAGGCUCACCAAAGAACAGUCUGCCCUUUUAGAGGAAAGCUUCAAGCAACACAGCACUCUGAAUCCUAAGCAAAAGCAAGCUUUAGCAAGACAGUUAAAUCUACGGCCAAGACAAGUUGAAGUAUGGUUCCAAAACAGGAGAGCCAGGACAAAGCUGAAGCAAACUGAAGUGGACUGCGAGUUCUUGAAGAAGUGUUGCGAGACACUAACAGAUGAAAAUAGGAGGCUUCAGAAGGAGCUUCAAGAACUGAAAGCUCUGAAAUUGGCACAACCCUUUUACAUGCACAUGCCAGCAGCUACUCUGACUAUGUGCCCAUCUUGUGAAAGAAUUGGAGGAGUUGGUGAUGGUGCUUCCAAGAAUAAUCCAUUUUCAAUGGCUCCAAAGCCUCACUUCUAUAAUCCCUUCACCAAUCCUUCUGCAGCAUGUUAAGGUUAAGGUUCCAGGAUAGGAGAGAUAAAAGAAGAGUAAAAAAAAAAGAAAAGUAUAGAACUCCCCACAAUCCCUCUAUUUUUUGGUUAAGGGCUUGUAGUUAUCAAAGUUAGUGUAAUUAAUUAUUUUGUAGAAAACAGUAACUACUGAUCAAUCUCCAUUUUUUUUUUUUCUUAUCACAUGUUUGUAAAUUGUUCUGCAAAAUAUAUAUGAAGGGACGAGUAUUAUUUA